AUGGGUAAAAAGAGGGCUGGUCGUAAACCGGAAAGUAGCAGUUCAGUGCUCGAUUCUGGUUCUGAUACGUCGGACCGUGAAACUGUUGGCAAUGAAGCCAUAUCCCGGCAUCCUGAUGAUGUUGUUCCCGCUGCUGAAACUACUGGAGCAGUCGAGUCCUCACAUGUUGACAAUAGUGAAGUGGAUUUGUCGCAGCAAAUUCCAAAUGUUGAUGUGAAUGAGACUGUUGCGCAGCCUAGCGUAUUAGACAUUGCUAGGGAAGCAGUGGAGUCGCUUCGAAGAUCUCCUAGACCAACGCUAACAAAAGCUAUGAUAAUUGAAAGUCGGCUGAAAAGUGCUGCGGCUGCGAAUGUUAAACAAACUCCUGAAGCAAAAGUUGUUCAAUCUGAUUCACAACAAACUGUUGAACCAUUAGUGAAUCCGGCUGGGCGAUCUUCGAAGCGUUCAAAGAAGGGUGGAGCUUCUUCUAUCGUUGCUGAAAUGGCUAAGCUGAAGGCGUCGUAUGCUGGCAAAAAAACAGUUAAGCAUGUUUCAUUUGAAAUUGCGAAGAAUGAUAGCCAUGUGGAAGAAGCGACUGCUCCUGUUAAAGAAGUAAAAAAGAAACCUCCCGUUGCUGCGAAGAGGAAAGUUGUAUUUGAAUCAACGGCUGAUGAUAAGGGCGCUGAUAAAAUUGCUAAGAAAUCUCCUAAAUCGCCUAUUAAGAAGAAAACUGAUAAGAGUAACGCUGGUGCUAAGAGAAAAGCUUCUGCUGAACCUUCUGAACUUGAAGAAGUAUUGGCCGAGACAACGAUUAAGUCAGCUAAGACUAGAUCAGCUUCUGCUUCUUCAAAGAAGAAACCUUCCACUGCAACUCAUGAACCUGAAAAGGUUUUGAAUGAUGCUUCGAAAGAGAUGUGGUCUCUUCGUUGGAAACUUGAAGAGAUUCCUACGACAAGGGUUGAUCAUUGCAUGAAACAUAAAGUUGUUGAUAAAUUGAAGAGCCACUUGACUGAUUCGCAGCUGGAAAUGUUUCGAGCGACUUGUUUUGGUUUUGUGCUGGAUAUGCCUUCGUGUAAUUUUCAAGGUCAGGUUGUACAUUCUAUGUUGGCAAGGCAGUUUGAUAAUGCUGGAGAAAAUGAGAUGUGGUUUGCUGUUGGCCAAUUAAAAGUUCGAUUCAGCAUUGAGGAGUUUGCUAUAUUGACCGGUUUAAACUGUACGGGUGAAAUUCAGAAGGUCGGGUUUGAAGAUGGUGCCAAUCAUUUCGCCGAAAAGUAUUUUGGUGGUUUGUCGAAACUGAAUAGGCAGUCUGUGGCUGAGUGUUUUGCGUGCAAGCGGUGGCAGUCCGAUGAAGACGCUGUAAAAAUUGCAUUUUUGUAUGUAUUGGAACUUUAUUUCCUGUGUGCACUUGACUCAAAUCUCAUUGAAGCUCAUCACUUGGAUGUUAUAGCUUCGGAAGACUACAACUCUUACCCGUGGGGUAAAGAAAUUUUCUAUUACACGCUGAAGUCUUUUAAAAGUAAGGAUCUUACGAAGAAGUUUAAGAAUGAAGGGUACUGUAGAUUGCUCGGUUUUCCAAUUAUUCUACAGUUUUUGUUCUAUGAGUGUUUUCCUACUGUUGAUGGCAAGAUAUGCACUCUUGUCGGUAAUAAAGUGCCGAGAUGCUUGAAUUGGAGUUCAAGUAUUACCCCUACAGUGGAUGAUCUGCAAAGUAAUUUUUAUAAUCAAGGAUCGGAGAUUCUUGCAUUCUUAAAUAUUUAA